AUGGCGCCCUCCAAGGACAUGCCUGGAGAAAGCACAUGUACGACCUGCCAGUUCUCUGAAGACUUCAGCAACUACUGGACCGCUAUACUGUAUUUCCGAGCCCGCAAUGGCACCUACAAGCGGGUACCUCAACACAGCAAUGCGGGUUUCGAGGGCGCAACAGGGGGUGGGAUGACAGUCUACUACAUGACCGAUCCGCUUUAUAACUCUCAGCCAAAGUCGAAGGUCACAGCCUUCAAACCAGGCUUCCGAAUGUUCGUCGGCGACAUCAACGCAAGGACCAAGGAAGAUGCUGCUCGCUUCCGACAACUCACAUACACCUGCAUGACAGAUGCCGGCUCUCCUUACAAAAAGAACAGGUUCGAAGUCAUUUGGGACACGUCAAAGUUCAACGAUCCCGCCGAUUGGCCUGAAGACGGCUCACAGCCAUUCGUGUGGUCUUUCGGAGAUCCAACCGGCUACGCGAAUCAUGCCGACUGUUAG